AUGGCUUCUUCCCGGUCCGACGAGCGCAAGCUCGAGAGCGGCGGCACUGAGGCUGCCGCCCCUGCCAGCGCUGGUAUUCACCCGGCCUUCUACAUUGCCCUCUGGAUCGCCUGCAGUGGCAGUGUCAUUAUUUUCAACAAGUGGGUUCUGGCCGCUGCCCACUUUGAUUUCCCCCUCUUCCUCACCUCGUGGCACAUGGUGUUCGCGACGGGUAUGACCCAGGUGCUUGCCCGCACCACCCCCUACCUUGACUCCCGCCACAAGGUCCCCAUGGACUCGGCCACCUACAUGCGCGCCAUUGUCCCUAUCGGUCUCAUGUUCAGCUUGAGUCUGAUCCUCGGCAACUUUGCCUACCUCUACCUCUCCGUCUCGUUCAUUCAGAUGCUCAAGGCCACCAACGUCGCUGCUACUCUGCUUGCCACCUGGAUCUUCGGCAUGGCCGCCCCUAACAUGAAGGUCCUCGCCAACGUCGGCAUCAUCGUCGUGGGUGUCAUCAUUGCCUCCUACGGCGAGCUCAAGUUCGACAUGUUCGGCUUCCUCAUCCAGAUCGGUGGUGUCAUCGCCGAGGCCAUCCGCCUUGUCAUGGUCCAGCGCCUCCUCAGCUCUGCCGAGUUCAAGAUGGACCCCCUCGUCUCCGUCUACUACUACGCUCCUGCUUGCGCCGUCGUCAACGGUGUCCUCACGCUGUUCGUUGAGCUGCCCCGCCUGACCAUGAACGACAUCUACUCUGUUGGCGUCUUUGUCCUCAUUGCCAACGCCUUUGUCGCCUUCUUGCUCAACGUCUCCGUCGUGCUCCUCAUCGGCAAGACCUCUGCCGUCGUCCUGACCAUGGCCGGUGUUCUCAAGGAUAUCCUCCUUGUCGUCUCCUCCAUGCUCAUCUUCGGCGACCCCGUUACUGCCCAGCAGUACUUUGGUUAUUCCAUCGCUCUUGGUGGUCUUACCUACUACAAGCUCGGUGCUGAGAAGAUGCAGUCUCUGGCCAACGACAUCAAGUUCCAGGUCAACGAGACUCGCCACAACAACCCUGGCCGCUUCAAGGCCAUCGUCGGCUCUGUUGUGUUCGGCUUCUUCACCCUCAUCCUCCUCGGCUACUACCACAGCGUCCCUGGCUCGACUGCCGGUGUCCCCUCCGUAUAA